AGCUUGGCUGAUUUCUGCCUUCAAAGUUGGUGAUCAUAGAUCUUGCUUUAUACGAUCCAUUCUCGGCCGUGCGAGCGGUCUCGGACACAUAAUGCCAAGCUAUUGAGUCAUACGCACCACCACCGCCCGCAGAGUCCCGAAACCCACUAUGGUAAUACUACUGGCGCGAUUAUGUUUGAUGUGCACGCCCACUUGACUGCGCAAGAAUUAUUGCCGGAUCUAGACAGAUUAUUGACGGAAGCGUAUAGUGUCGGUGUCCGCGACAUUGUGGUCGUCUCCGAGAAUGUACGAGACGCAGCCUUGGUUCUAAACCUGCCGCCUUGCCAAAACGGCGUCCGGCUGCAUAAGUCGUUAGGUCUUCAUCCUGAACAUGCAUGUCUAAAAUCCUUGUCUACCGUGCUAAACCUCAUCCGAGAGAAUCACACGAAGCUGGCCUGUGUGGGAGAAAUCGGAUUGGACUUCUCUCCGCACAUCUUGGGACAUGAUGAUGCCGAGGCUGUCAAAGCAUUGCAACGGGAGUGUAUGAGACAACAAGUAGAGCUGGCAUACGAACUUGAUUUGCCCGUAAACGUGCAUUCCCGGGGAGCGGGGCACCACGCUUUGUCACUGCUGCGAGAAACAGUGUCAGCAUCAAGCGUUGCAGACACGCUAAAAACAACAGAGAGAGCCAGUAGUCAAACAAGAGCUAGGAUGUAUGAAGGUCGGGUCCGCGCCGUGAUGCACGCAUGGGACGGAAAGGCUAAAUACGCAGCAGCGGCUGCUGCAGAUUCCCAACAAAGCAUUUAUUUUUCGGUUCCUCCCUGUGCGUCACGCAGUCCUGUCAUGAUCAAGUGGAUUGAACGCUUGCCAUUGGAAAGUCUGUUACUGGAAACAGAUUGUCCAGCUUUGGCGGCUGUGAAAGGAGAGGUCAACGUGCCUCGAAAUUUGCAGCUGUCAUUGCAAGUCAUAGGCGCACGUAAAGGAGUAGGACUGGAUAUUGUCCGAGAGAUCACGCGGAAAAAUGCAGAGGAAUUGUUCGGUUUGCAAGCCGGGAAGGAAUGAAGUGAAGAAAUUUGUCAAUCCCUUGAAAGGAAACGUUCUGGGCGACCUGAUAAUAUGGCAACAUGGCUACAAAAAAGAUACUUUGACAGUAUCUUACUGUUUCAGACCUUGUAAAAAAAAAGGAUUCUUGAAGAAGGCCGCAUCAAAAUCAAUUAGACCGCUGUGCAUCAGGUGUUUUUA